UCUCUCUCUCUGUUAGUCACAUCCUUCACUCCUUUCUAGUACUCUAUCUAUUAGCGCGUGCAUUCUGGAUUUUUUUUUUCCCCAGAAUCAUCAUCAUCAACAUCAUCAUCAUCAACAGCAUGAUGAUCAUCACCACCACCAUCGUCGUCAUUAUGUAGAUGGGUAAUGGGUAAACGGUGCGCAGGAUUUAUUUAUGCUUUUAUGCACAAUUUAUGCUUGUGCAUCCUGCGCGUGCUGAGAUCGCUGAUUUGACGCUGCACUGCACUGAGAGGAGGCUUUAACGCAACCGGGAACAUGCACGCGCAGUAAACUGUGAAUAUUAUCGACGGCACGCGGAAAUCCCCCCUGCAUGGUGCAGACUGAGUUCAGCAGUCACAUUGUGACUUGGAGUGAGGGACAAUAUUACUCCCCUGCAUCACUGUAUGAGCGCUGAGUAUCAUGGGAACGACGCUGUCAGUGUCACCAGGCUACCGGAAGGCGGCGCUGUGCGACGAGGCAGCACAGAACAGCAGGAACACCAAACGCUCAUCAGUGAUAGGCGUGUUACCAUGGAAACGCAUCGUAGCUGUUUCAGCAAGACGGAAAGGGUCGAAGAAGCUCCCUGCAGGAGGAGGGAGUCAGGAGGAGCGCGCCGUUAGGGUUAGUGUCAGCCUCGAUGGCAACCUAAACCUCAAGAAGUCCCAGUCCUACGCUAACCUGUCAGUGUUCGCACAAGAGGGAGGGCUAAAUGUUCCAAAUUCCAAAACCACCAGUGACAUUGCUGCGAGCGCCGCCCUCGAGGAUCAGGAUGGGUCAGAAGGUUCCAGAUCAUCGAAGCGGAUCUUGGUACAGGCAUCAACCAGCGAGCUGCUGCGCAGUCUGGGAGAGUUCCUGUGCCGUCGGUGUUACCGACUUAAGCGUCUAUCGCCAGGCGACCCGGCACUGUGGCUGCGUGGCGUGGACCGCGCCCUCUUGCUGCAGGGCUGGCAGGAGCAGGCCUUUAUCUCGCCGCCAAGUGUGGUCUUCCUCUACAUGCUGUGCCGCGCAGUGGUCUCUGCCGAGGUGGGGAGUGAACGCGAGCUGCGCCUAGAACUGCUCACCUGCCUAUACUUGAGCUACUCUUACAUGGGCAGCGAGAUCUCCUACCCACUCAAGCCCUUUCUGUUGCAGCAGGACAAAGAAGCAUUCUGGGAUAGGUGUCUGCAGAUCAUCCACUGCACCAGCGCUAACAUGCUAAAGCUAAAUGCUGACCCACGCUACUUCACACAGGUCUUCGCUGACCUGAAGAGCGAGAGUCAGAGAGGGGAAGGGGAGAGAGUACCUCUUGAUCGAUAAACUCCAUGCUGUGUUUGUGUGUGUGUGUGCGUGUGGUGUGUGCGUGCGCGUGUGUAAGGCUGAAGACACUCUGAAGCUGCCAGCAUUGAUUAAUACCAGAUGCAUCUAUGGAGUAGUUUCUCAAAUCACCACCUUUCCUCAAACUUCUCAACACACAGGCACCUUUCCAGAAAUACUUAGUGAAGUAUUAUUAUGAUUAUUAUGAAUGAAACUGUGUUUUAACUGUGUUUUAUUUAACAAAUGUCACAUUUAAAGCACUUUUAGUCCUUUUGUUAAUAAUUUAUUUGUAGUAUUGGUUAUUAAAAUAGUUAUGGUCGUGAUCAGACAAGAAUAAACUGCAGCAGUAUUUUAUUGCAUAAAUGAUAGUUUUAUAUUUUUAUACCAUUCGGGUGAACAGUGUUUAGUUCAUUGGGUGUUUUAAUUAAAGUGUCAUUAAACUGUCAUUAUUUUGCACA